AUGAAUCUGGUUCCCAAUGGAGUAAGAGCCUUGUGUUGGAGUAUGGCCGCACUGGUGCUGCUCUUGUCCAUUUUCUGUGCUGGCUGGAGCUGGCUCAGGCGACGGAUACCAGCUGUACAGUCAAGUCAACCAAGUUACCUGGUCCUGCUUUGUCUGGGUACCUUCUUGUUGGGAUCUUCCAUUAUCCCCUUUACGUGGCAAGAGCCCAUGCAGAGGCAUGUCCUGGACGUUGGAUGCAUGCUCCAUACCUGGCUACUGUCCAUUGGAUUCUCGACGGCAUUCUCCGCUCUGGUUUGCAAGACAUUUCGAAUACGUCGCGUUGUCCACAGUGCUCGAGCCUUUCGUCGUCUGGCGGUCGUGGCAUCCGAUGUCGUUUGGGUCCCGGCGCUCGUCUUUGGUUUGAAUCUCACGCUGCUGGUCGCUUGGACCUUCGUGGGGCCACUUCACUGGGAUCGCAUCACUCUGGAAGAGGAUGUCUUUGGCCGGACCACCAAAAGUCGGGGCACCUGCUAUACUUUUCAGGAGAACAAGGCAGGGAUUGUGUUUGGUUCCUUGCUGGUCUUGGUCAACUUGUUGGCCUUUUUAAUGGCGGGAUAUCAGAGUUUCAAGAGUCGCAACCUGCCGACGGUUUUCAAUGAAAGCUUCUACAUGACCGUGACAAUCUGCAUCAUUGUCGAGGCCAUUCUCAUUGGAUUGCCCAUUAUGGUGGUGGUGCAAGCCAACACGAUUGCGUUCAUGGUUAUUGGAAGCUGGUUGGUCACCGUUGCUGCCCUGGCUGUGUUGAUACCGCUGUUUUGGCCCAAGAUUGUGGGUAGAUACAUUCGCCAAGAAAUCAGCAGCAGUCUCAAUUUGAGCAGCAGCAGACAACACCUUUGGUAA